AUGGCCAAUACAUCCUUCUUCUUUUUCUUCAUGUUACUCGCUACCUCCUCUCUCGCCCAAUCCCCUUCAGCUUCCCCCGCCGCAACUCCCAAAGCCUCGCCGUCGCCACCACAGGCUGCCGCUCCCAAAGCCUCUCCUCCAACCACCUCCUCCGCUCCCCCACCCACCACCUCCACCCCUCCUCCACCCGCUCCCGCUCCCGUUUCCAAGACCGCUCCGGCCUCUUCUCCUCCGUCCCCCACCCCUUCCUCCUCCUCCUCCUCCGGCCCCACCGCUUCCUCUCCUUCUAACUCCCCCACCGACUCUCCUCCCGCCCCCGUGUCUCCCUCCGACUCCCCCGUCGCCUCCGGCCCCGCCGUAGUCAGCGACGGACCCGCCGACGCCCCCACCGCUCUUGGCCCCAGCAGCCACGCCCACCUCCGCAGAGUCUCCGCCUCCGGAUCUGUCGCCGCCGUUGCAUUCGCCGCCGCGGCCGCUUUGAUGAUGUAG